GGGGGACGAAGUGGCUGUGUAAGGUUUACCUAUUAAAACUAAGCUCUGGAGUCUGCUCUUAGCUGCUCUUAUUCCCAAUAUCUUUCUUCCUUUUAGGGUCUGUAGAUUCUUCACUUCUUCUGAUCCUUCAAUACAAGGCAAUCAUGGAAGGAGAGGCUUCAGCUGAUUUUCGAGACUGGGAGCUCCUAGUGAACUCUGAUGCCGACCCGAUUAAUUCCCCCAAUUCCGCCAAUAAUUCCAGGAAUUUUGAUGAAAUUGAGGCUGAUUCUGAAGGUUUGCUCAGGUUAGAUUAUUUCUCCCUUGAAAAUGAUAAACGAUAUGCCGAAAAUGUUGUUGAUGCCAGUGAAGAGGGUUCUGUUGAGUCUGAUAAUCCCAGUUGGAUUGAUCCCGGGUCGGAGACUGGGAAUCAGAGGAGGAAUUUUGGUGAAUUCUGGUCCGAUUCGGGGAGUGAUCGGUCUGUUGAGCGGAAAUUUAGUGAUUUGGAUGUGAAAAAAGAAUUGGGUUCUGUGGAAAACGUGAAAACUGAAGUUGGUUUUGAAGGGAUUGGAGAAAUUGAAGGUAAAGAUGGUGAGGAAGGGAAAUUCUUGUCUCGUGAGGGUACUUUCAGUAAUUUGGAGGGUAAAAGUGAAAUCAGCUUUGAGGAGAAUGUGAAAAACCUGGCAGGUUUUGAAGGAUUUGGAGAAAACCGUAGUAAGGAUAAGGAUUUGGGCACGUUCUGGUCUGAUUCAAGUGGUGAUAGUCUGGGUUUUGCUGAUGUUGGGGAGAUGAAUGAGGGUUCUGAGGUUUUGGGUGAGUCCAACUUUGGAAAUGCUCCCAAAGAUGAAAAUAUGAGCGUUGUUUCAGUUGGAGAAAGAAAACCAGGAGGUGAUGAGGAGACGAGGAAGAAAGUUUGGUGGAAGGUACCUUUUGAAUUGUUGAAAUAUUGUGUUUUCAGGAUCAGUCCUGUUUGGUCUUUCUCUAUGGCUGCAGCUGUAAUGGGAUUUGUUAUCUUGGGACGGAGAUUGUACAAGAUGAAGCGCAAGACGAGGGGCUUGCCACUUAAGGUUACUGUGGAUGACAAGAAGGUGUCUCAGUUCACAAGUCGUGCUGCACGACUUAAUGAAGCAUUUUCGGUGGUGAGACGGGUGCCUAUUGUACGGCCUUUGUUGCCUGCUGCUGGGGUGAAUUCAUGGCCUGUGAUGACUUUGAGGUAAAAAAAAAAAAAAAUUGUUGUGGAGUUGGUAUAAUGAGGAAGCAUUACGUGAACAUGUUUGAGAUAUAACGUUCAUCUUGCUUUGCUCUGUAAGUAACGUGAUUAUUUUGGAUUUCCUUGUGUAUGAACUUGUUUUUGGUGUGUAUAUGCCAGAAGGGUACAAGGAUCAAAGAAGCUAUAUAUAUUGUUCUGGUCAUGUUGGGUAUGUGUAAUCAGCUUUGUAAUGUUUCCACUUUAAAAUGAUAAGCAAGUAAUUUCUAUUUCUUUA